AUGCGUACAAACACUCUCUUCUUCGCCCUUCUUCUAUCUGCGACUACAGCUCUCUGCGGCGCCCCUGUCGAGAGUGGCCCAUGGGUAGAGGACACGCCAAAUUUUGCACUUCAUCAGUGCGCUGGAGGAAAAGUCAACGGUGAUACAUUUGAAUUACCAAAGUCUCCGAACGGCAGCACCUCUGGGCCAGGCUGUGGCAAUGGGCACCUGCGUGCAGAGCGCCGUUACAAUGACAACUACUCCUCUGGUGUCCACCAAUUCAGUGGGGAGUUCAAAAUCAAUUCCAUGUCGGGUAGCCGUAUUUGCCUGAAGCAGACCUUCAAUGGCAGUGGUGGAGGUAAUGGCGGUCCGUACUUCUUGUUGGCUGUUGAGAAGGGUGGUGAUUUGUACAAGGUGGGAGGCACUCCUAUUGCUAAAGGUGUUGCUACCAUCGGCGCAACUGUGCGGGUGAAUACAGUACAUGAUGUAGCGAAACGUCGUCUGAGCCUGUAUAUUAACGGCAAGGAGAUGUAUCGCGACGAUAAUGCGCCCAAGGGAAGCUUCUACGACAAGAUCGGAACGUAUGCUACGGAUAGUGGCACUGGGGCUAUUAGUGUUACUUGGAGCGAUGUUCAGUUCUGGCACAAAGGAUAA